AACCAAACCAAACCAGAAAUUUUGCAAAACUAGCCACCCUUCUUCCUCCCUCCUUCUUCUUCAAUCCUCACCAAUAUUUUUUCUUAAAAAAGAAAGAACGAACCCAUCUUUUUCCAAUUUGUUUUCUCUUUCUGAAGUUGGUGUGUGAUAAACAUUGCUAAUUGCCACCUAUUUCUUCAAAGCAAAUCCACCAUAGCUCCCAUUUCCUUUUUGGUCCCUCAUAUGUGUCUCUCUCUGUGCUGCUGGGGAAGAACCCAUAUCACUGUCUUCCAGAUGUUUGAGGAAAUGCCUAUAUGAAACCUCAAUGCUAAGAAAUCUCUCACAACUACUUUCCUUUGUGACAUCUUAACCAUCAUUCAUCACCAUAAUUGCUACCUUCUUCUGUUGACCACAAUUUGGACUUUAAAUUCUUGUUCCCCUUAUAAUCUCUCUCUCUCAAGUGUUGUUCCUUGGUGCAGUUGCUGCAGCUAGCUACUUUUUGUGAUACCCUUGGUGCACCCUAGUGAGGUUUACUUGGAUCAAGGUGUUUCUGGUGUCUGGGGUGUGAAUAAAAAUGGAUUUUUGGAAGUGGGUUUUCUUUGGUUUUCUUUGUGCUGCUCUUGUUUUGAGAAUUGGUGCUGUGGAGCUCGGUCGAAACCAACCUACUGAGAGAAUUUCAGGUAGUGCUGGUGAUGUGUUGGAAGAUAAUCCGGUUGGAAGGUUGAAGGUCUUUGUUUACGAACUUCCAAGCAAAUAUAACAAGAAAAUUCUGCAAAAGGACCCAAGAUGCCUUAAUCAUAUGUUUGCUGCCGAAAUCUUUAUGCACCGGUUUCUCUUAUCGAGUCCUGUGCGAACCCUUAAUCCCGAAGAAGCUGAUUGGUUUUACACCCCCGUAUACACCACCUGUGACUUGACGCCAAAUGGACUCCCUUUACCUUUUAAGUCACCGCGAAUGAUGCGAAGUGCCAUACAGCUUAUUUCUUCAAACUGGCCUUACUGGAACCGGACAGAAGGGGCAGAUCAUUUCUUUCUGACCCCUCAUGACUUCGGAGCAUGCUUCCAUUAUCAAGAAGAGAAAGCAAUUGAAAGAGGAAUUCUUACAUUGCUAAAGCGAGCUACCUUGGUCCAAACAUUUGGUCAGAGGAAUCAUGUAUGCCUGAAAGACGGCUCAAUCACUAUUCCACCAUAUGCUCCGCCACAGAAAAUAUAUGCCCACCUAAUUCCUGAAAACACUCCCAGGUCCAUUUUUGUUUACUUCCGAGGACUGUUUUAUGAUGUCGGAAAUGACCCUGAAGGUGGUUACUAUGCAAGAGGUGCAAGGGCAGCAGUGUGGGAGAACUUCAAGGACAAUCCACUGUUUGACAUUUCCACUGAUCAUCCAACCACAUACUAUGAGGACAUGCAAAGAGCUGUGUUUUGUUUGUGCCCGCUCGGCUGGGCCCCGUGGAGCCCACGGUUGGUCGAAGCCGUGGUUUUCGGCUGCAUUCCCAUCAUUAUUGCCGAUGACAUUGUUCUGCCAUUCGCUGAUGCUAUUCCAUGGGAAGAGAUAGGCGUUUUUGUUGAUGAGGAAGAUGUCCCUAAAUUGGACACUAUACUAACAUCAAUCCCACCUGAAGUUAUCUUAAGAAAGCAGAGAUUGCUUGCAAACCCUACCAUGAAGCAAGCUAUGCUGUUUCCACAACCAGCUCAACCGGGAGAUGCAUUCCAUCAAGUACUCAAUGGCCUUGCGCGUAAGCUGCCACAUGACCGGAGUAUAUACCUGAAACCGGGGGAGAAGUUAUUGAAUUGGACUGCCGGCCCGGUCGGUGAUCUCAAACCCUGGUAAUGAUUGUAACAGUUUUCUUAAAGCAUCUAGAAUUCUUUACAUAUCUUGGUCAAUACUCCCAAAGUGUUCAUAGGGAUUUGUAGUUGAGUUGUUGAUUUUUGUUGAGAUUGUAAAUUUUGAUUUUUUCUCAAGACAAUUCAUUAGAUAAAUACAAAUACAAUUCAUUUACAAGCUUUAUUGCUGUCACGCCCCUACUCUUUAUAAUGUGUUGUUGUCUACAGAAUACAGUAGCAUCGUUUGAUCCGUGUAGCCUGUUUCGAUUGCUGAGAUAAUUUUCUCAAUUAUCAUUAUUAUUGUUGUAUUUAUGCUA